GGUUAAAACGUAGUGUCCCCGUGUUGUAAUCCAAUUCGAUCUUGACGGGGACCCGUUGAAGAUGCUUUCCGGGUUGGAUGCGUUACUUCAGGCGGCUCAGUUUCUCGAGCAGCAGGAUCAACACCAUCGGCCGACGCCGCACCGAUUGAGCAGUGAAGUCUCGAUCAUCCCAACGACGAACAGCAGCAGCAACGCCCAAAAGAAUGGUGGCACCAGCAGCAACAGCAACAAUAGUGUACAUACGAACAAUAGUAGCAAUAGCAGUAAUACCAUUAGUUUUAUACCGAGUAGCAACGGUAACAGUGUGACAACUAGUGUAAGUGAGAAUCGUUUCAUACCGCCGAUCGGAAAGAUCAGCAACGGUACGGUGAUCUUGACGGCCAGUGGUACCAGUGGUGGUGGUGGUGUUCAAAACGGUCUGAUCAGCAAUGGAUCUUCGCCGAAGCGGAUCCUGUCGCCGAUCAACGGCGGCAGUGUCGCCACAUCUACGACGGCGGCAGCCGUGGUAGCCAGUCUGGUGCCGCAGGGUACGACCGCCUAUCUGACCAACAACUCGAAUCAGUCGCAGGCUGCGGCUGCGGUCGUGUCCUCGACGACAUCCUCUCCGCGUCAUCAGAGUGCCGUGCCGAUCAUUCCGCUCAUCAGUAGUGGAUCGCGGAAGCGCACCAUCAGCAAUGCCAGCAGCCACAGCUCAGGAGGAUACGUGAAAG